AUGUGUAUGAAAAAGCCUUUCAUGUUCCUCUCUUUACUAGUUCCCGGUCCUAAGAAUCCAAAGGGUAAUUUAGAUGUCUACAUUCAACCAUUAAUUGAAGAGCUCAAACAAUUGUGGGAGAUUGGUGCUAUGACUUAUGAUAUUUCACAGAAACAAAACUUCAUGCUUCGUGCAGCGCUUCUGUGGACCGUAAGUGAUUUUCCUGCAUAUGGUAUGUUGUCUGGAUGGGCUACUGCUGGAAAAAGGCUUGUCCAUAUUUUAUGGAAGAACCUAAGGAAGUUUCUUCCACAUGAUCACCCUUUUCGUAAAAAUAAAACAGCUUUUCGCAAAAACAAAGUGGAAAAUGGCAUGGCUCCAGCUAUGAUGUCCGGAGAUGAUAUGUGGCAAUGUGUGAAAGACUUGCCUAAAGCCACUGAUGGCCCUGAAGCUCUCAAAAUCUUGAAGAAAGCUAAAAAGGGUUGGUUUAAACAAAGUUCUUUUUGGGAACUUCCUUAUCGGAAAGAUUUGCUUAUUCGACACAACCUGGAUGUCAUGCACAUUGAGAAAAAUUUCUUUGAUCAACUUAUACACACAGUGAUGGAUGUGAAAGGCCAAACUUCGGACAAUGUUAGUGCGAGAAAAGACUUGAAGUGUGUAUGUAAGCGUCGACAGUUAGAGCUCACCUACGACGAACGGGGAAACGAAAUCAUGCCAAAAGCCCCUUUUGCACUUGACAAGGCUCAAAGGAAGUUCUUAUGUGAAUGGGUUCGUGACUUAAAGUUUCCGAAUGGAUAUGCAUCUGAGUUGAGUAGAUGUGUAGAUCUUCGAACAUCUAGGCUUUUUGGAAUGAAAAGCCAUGAUUGUCAUGUCUUGAUGGAGAGGUUACUACCGGUUGCUUUAAAAGAGUUGCUACCUUCGCAUCUGAAAUUUUGUGCAAACUUGCAAAAGAUAUUUCCUCCUGCAUUCUUCAACUCGAUGGAGCAUUUUCCGAUUCAUUUGGAUUAUGAAGCUAAGGUUGGUGGUCCAGUGCAAUAUAGGUGGAUGUAUCCCUUUGAAAGGUUUCUCAAUCACUUGAAGCGUAAGGUUGUACAGAAGGCACGUGUGGAGGGUUCUAUUUGCAAUGCAUACCUAUUCAUUGAGAACCAUCAUGAUCCAAAUAUUCCUGAGAUGUUUAGGGUGGAUUGUGGGCGUACAUCUACCAACGACCGUUUACGCUUCUUGCAAGAUAAAGAGUAUGAUCGUGCACAACUUUAUGUUCUUGCAAACAGUGGUAUAUUAAGCGAAUAUGAAAGGAUUUUCGAAAAACAUAUAUUGGAGACACAUCCACACAUAUCAUUGGAGGAGAUCUGGAGCAAAUGUGAAGCUGAAUAUCCUAAAUGGUUCAAAAACCAUGUACCACAGGAGGUGACUAACAUCGAUGUAGUUCAUGCUCUUGCAAUGGGCCCCGUUAGACAAGUGAAGUCAUGGAAUCAGUUUUUCGUCAAUGGAUACAAUUUUCAAACACAUGAGUAUGGAAAACACAAAUCAACUAUGAACUAUGGAGUGUGUGUUAAAAGUCACGAGGAAGUUAAUUAUUAUGGCAUUUUGGAGGAAGUAAUUGAACUAGUUUACCAUGGUCCAUUGGAAGUCUACAAGACGAUAUUGUUUAAGUACAAUUGGAUGGAUUCUUUGAGUGGUUUAAAUAUAAGUGAUGUUCCUUCAACUCUUUGUGCUCCAAAUGAGAUUCCAGACUAUGAUUCUGACGGGGAAGAAGAACAAAACGAGGAUGUAAUGCUUAACGAUAGUAGGGAUUCUGAUAAUGACGAUGAGGAUGAUAGUGAAGAUGAUCUACAAGUUUAUGAGAAUCUCGAAGAUUUUGAUGAUGAUGAUGGUGAUGAUGCGGAAGAAGAUUUAUCGUGA